AUGCGUACCUCCCCUGCUUUCAGAAAUUUCGUUGGAAAUCUGCUCCGAUUUGAGCCAAAAGCACGGGAAACUGGCACCAGUUUUGUGAAAGAAUGGAGAAUUAAAAAACAAACGACUUGGCAACGAUCAACAUGCGAUCCAAAAUGGGAAGAGACACUCGAAUUUCAAUUAAAUGGUGUACCAAUUCAGGGUUCGGAUGUUUUGGAAGUACAAUUGAAAGAUCAUGAAACAAUCGGUGCAAAUAAACUAAUUGGUCAAUCAACUAUUCCGCUAGUUGAAGUUGUUCGAAAUGGUUCAAUUAAAAAACGUGUUGUACUAUUAAAUAAUCCACAAGGUGUUCUACUUGAAGCUACAAAACUAUAUAUAACACUCGAUUAUAUACCACCGACUGCUGCAUCACAACAAAUGAAAGGUGGUGAUGUGAAUAAUAAUGAAAUUAAUGUCAAUGAUCAUAGUGGUGGAAAAUCAUCGAAUACCGAUAACUCAUGGCAAAAUGAAUUAGAUGAUAAAUCGGGAUAUAAACGUCAAUCAAAAGUUCGAUCAACUAAAAGUCAAGAUUUUCAGAUUCGUAUUAAAAUAUUUCAAGCACGUCAAUUAGAUGGUAGUAAUUUACAUCCUGUAUGUCGUGUACGAGUAGUUAAUAAUGUUAAACAAACAAAAAUUCGUAAAGGAACAAAUCAACCGUAUUUUGAUGAAGUCUUCUUUUUCAAUUUUAAUAUGUCUGAAGCAGAAAUGUGUGAUGAAAUUAUUGAAUUUGAAGUGUGUAAUUCACGUACAUUACGAGCGGAUAUGAAAAUUGGAUCAUUUAAGAUGGAUCUUGGUUAUGUGUAUAAUGAGCCGAAACAUUCAAUUAAUCGUAAAUGGUUGUUAUUGAGUGAUGAGGAUGAUCGAAUGGCUGGUGCCAAAGGAUAUUUGAAAGUGUCAGUGAAUAUACUGGGACCGGGUGAUGAAGCACCAUCUCAAGAGACUGGAGAUGAUAACGAUGAUAUUGAAUGUAAUCUGUUAAAACCAGCCGGUCUCAUGCUACGUCCAGCAACAUUUACAUUGAAAUUGUACAAAGCCGAUGAUUUACCAAGAAUGGAUAGUGCAUUUAUGCAUGGUGUUAAGAAAAUAUUUCAUGGUCAAGAAGAUGUUAAAGAAUUAAUUGAUCCAUAUGUGACGUUUGGAUUCGCUGGUCAACAAGUAUCAUCAAAAAUUGUGUAUACAUGUUCACAUCCAGAAUUUAAUCAAGAACUUCGACUUGGACUAAAGUUUCCAUCGAUGUGUGAUAAAAUAACUUUAACAGUUAUGGAUUGGGAUCGUUUACAAUUUGAUGAUAUAACUGGUUCAACUGUUCUAAAUAUAAAACGUUUAUGCGAUGAUAGAGAUAAUGGAUUUUUACCAACAUUUGGUCCAUGUUGGAUCAAUUUAUAUGGAGCACCACGUGAAUAUUCUGAAAUGCCAACAAUAUUAGAUGAAUUAAAUACUGGAAAAGGUGAAGGUGUUGCUUAUCGUGGUCGUAUAUUCAUUGAAUUACAAACUGUUCUGGGUGAAACUCCAUCGGAAUCCGUAUGCGAUAUAUCAAAUUCAGAUCAAAUUCGUUCAUUGCCAUUUCAAUCAAGAAAAAAAUAUAAAUUACAUGCAGCAUUUUUGGAUGCCACUAUGCUAUAUGAACAUGAAUCGAUGAUUGAGUUUGAAAUUAGUAUUGGUAAUUAUGGUAAUAAAUUAGAUGAUAUGGUUGGUAGUGCGAGUUGUUCAACAACACCGCCAACAAAUCCUGUGUUUGAUGGUUGUGCCUAUUAUUUUUUACCGUGGGGAAAUACAAAACCAUGUGUACAAGUAGCAUCCGAAUGGGAAGAUGUCACAUUUCGAUUAGAAGCAAUGAAUCAAUUGUCAAAAAUUAAAUUAUUUGUCACUGGUCUUCUUUCAACCUUAGAAGUACUUAAAUUAAAACAAUCAUCAGAAGAUGUUAUUGUCAAACAUUAUAAACAAUCAUUGGAUAUGGUUAUCGCUCAUCUCAAAAAACCAUUACCAGAACCAGAAAUAAAUCGUCAUCAUCCAAAUGAAUUAGAUCGUUUACGUCGUCAUAUGCGUCUAAAAGAUUUAAAUGAAAUGAUACAACGUUUAGAACGUCUAAAAUUAAGUGCCAAAACAUCACAAGAAAUAACAGAUGCUCUGGAUGAUAUUAGAAAUAAUAUGGAAUAUUUAGAAGCAGAACCUCAAAAUAGUAUACCGGAUGUGAUUAUUUGGAUGUUGUGUAAUGGAAAACGUUAUGCUUAUUAUCGAAUACCAGCGAAUGAAGUUUUCUAUUCACCACAUAUUGAUCGUCGUGGUCGUCUAUGUGGUAAAGUACAAACAAUAACAUUGAAAUGGCCUGGAAAAGAAGGAGAAGAUAAAGAUAAGAAAAAUUUUCUACCAGCUGAAAUGCGAGUAAAAGUAUGGUUAGGUCUUCAUGUCAAUGAACAAGAUUGGUUGUCACAACAGAAAGGAGCAGAUUUAGCAGUUUAUGCUGAAACAUAUGAAAAUCAAACAAAUGUAUUGGGACAAUGGACAACUGGCGGACCACUAAUGAGUCGACCACAAUGGUCUGAUGUUGUUGGAAAUGUUAGUUUACCUAAAAAAAGCUUUCAGUUACCAUCUGGUUGGAGAUGGGAAGGAGAAUGGGGUAUAAGUCCAGAAAUAAGUGCUCGUUAUUCCGAUGAUGCUGGUCAUCGUACUUUUACUGAAGAAGUUUAUGAACAUCAAUCUCGUGUAUUAGCUGGUGCACAAUGGCAAGCAAAAACAGUCGGAUGGACAGAUUUAUCUGGUGAUAAAGUACCAAGUAAAAAUGAGCGAACAACGGCGCCUGAUGGUUGGGUAUGGGAAGAUGAAUGGACAAUUGAUAUUAAUCGAGCUGUUGAUGAAGAAGGUUUUGAAUAUUGUGUUAAUCAAACAUUGGGUGGAUGGUGUCCAGUAGAAAAAGUAUUUCAUUUAAAUCGACGACGACGAUGGUUUCGAACACGUUUAUUGAAAGUGGAAAAUAUUGAAGAAAAAAAAAAAAAAGAAUUUCAAGAUGCAUUAAAAACAGGAUGGGAAUAUGCUCCCAUGUUUAAUAUGAAAUUUCAUGCAGAUGAACGUAGUAUGGAUAUGGUUAGACGACGACGUUGGCAUCGAAAAAUGGUACCAGAUAGUAUGAUAAAUACAGAUGUUGUAUUUCGAAUGCAAUCUCAAGUAACAGAACACAAGGAUGCUUCACCACCUCAACCAUCCGCUCCAGCAAGUACAACACAACAACAAGAUGUUGUAGCAGUGCCAAAAGAAAUGAAAAUUGAAUUAAAUGCACCAAGAAUGUUUUUAAGUUUUAAAAAACCGUAUUUGUAUGAAUUAAGAACUUAUAUAUAUCAGGCACGUGGACUCAUAGCAAUGGAUACAGAUAGUUUUUCAGAUCCAUUUGCUCAAGUUGGAUUUGUAAAUCAAAGUCAAAAAACGGAAAUAAUUAAUAAAACUUUGUGUCCAACAUGGGAUCAAACAUUAAUAUUUCCAAAUGUAGAAUUACAUGGAGAACCUGAUGAAAUACAUCAUGAUCCACCAAAUAUUAUCAUUGAAAUAUUCGAUAAGGAUCAAUAUGGUUCACCGGAUUUUCUUGGUCGUGUUCAAUCUUCGCCCAUUGUACGUUUGACACCUGAUGAAGUAAAACCAGUGACUAAAUUAAAAUGGUAUCCAAUCAGACGUGGAAAAGAUGAUGCCGGAGAAUUAUUGGCAGCAUUCGAACUAUUUUUAAUUCCAGACUCAAAUGAGAAAAAAAUUCCUCCACAUCCGCCUAAACGAGGUUCAUUAUUCAUUGUUCCACAAACUAUACGUCCGCAACUUGUUCGAACAGGCAUCGAGAUUUUAUGUUGGGGUAUUCGAAAUAUGAAAACGUUUAUGCUAUCGGAUGUUGAUUGUCCACAGGUUGUAUUUGAAGUUGGUGGAAGAGAAGUUGAAUCGACAGUAAUUAAAAGUGCUAAAAAGACACCUAAUUUUGAUAAACCAUUAUUAUUUAUUGAUGUGAUGUUACCUAAAGAAGAUUUAUAUGCACCACCAAUGAAUAUAAAAGUAAAAGAUCAUCGUUCUUUUGGCCGAAAACCAGUUGUCGGUCUCAAUAUUAUUAAAUCGUUGACAUCUUUUCGAUGUGAUCCAUCGACACCAUCUUUAACCAUCAUGCAAGCAGCUGAACAUGCAGCAACCGGCAUAAUACCAGCAACUGGCGAUGUUAGUCUCCAUCUUGAUAAAAAAUCUAAAAAAAAAGUGCGUGCCAUUUCACCAAACAAAAGUGGUGAUACAUCUGUGUCUAUACCAGAAAAAACAGCACUUACUACUGAUGAAACAUCAACAACAGACAAGACAUCGUCAAAAAAAUCUGUGCGCAAAAAAGUGAAAAAUUUUUUAAAAAAACAGAAAACAUUUAGUGAUACACCGAUGAAACCAGAAUCAAGAUUAGCAAAAAUUCAACGAUCAAUUGCCGGACACCAUUAUCAGCGUGUACCAGUAGUAGAAAUGACAGCUGUAGAAGAAGAUAUUGAUUGGUGGUCAAAAUAUUAUGCAUCGAAAGGUGAUUAUGAAAAAUGUGGAACAUAUAGAGCAAAAGGCUAUGAAACAUUGACAGUGUAUCCAUUUCCAUUAGAGUCACAUGAUUUAUAUCAAGGUUUUAGUGAUUUUUGUAUGACAUUUCAAUUAUCUAGAGGAAAAACACAAUUUGAAGAAGAAAAUGAAAUUGUUGGAGAAUUUAAGGGUUUAUUUAAAGUCUAUCCAUUACCAGAAGAUCCAAAUAUACCGCUACCCGCACGUGUGAUGGAAAAUUUACCAAGUAGUGGAUUAGAAGAAUGUAUUGUACGAAUUUACAUAAUACGAGCAUUCGAUUUACAACCGAAAGAUACAAAUGGAAAAUCUGAUCCCUAUAUUGAAAUUGAACUUGGACGAACUAAACUUGAUAAUCGUGAUGAACGAAUACCGAAUACCACAAAUCCUAUGUUUGGAAAAAUGUUUGAAGUUAAAGCAACAAUUCCUACAACAAAAGAUUUAGUAAUUCGAGUUAAAGAUUGGGAUUUAUUGACAUCAGAUGAAUUGAUUGGACAAACAACAAUUGAUUUAGAAAAUCGAUUAUUGAGCAAAUAUCGAGCCACAUGUGGAUUACCAUUGCAAUAUAAUGUUACUGGCCCAAAUCAAUGGCGUGAUACUGAUCGUCCACGUAAAAUCUUAUAUGAUGUUUGUAAACGAAACAAUUUGCCUGUACCAGAACUAACCGAAGAUCAUUCAAUUAGAAUUGGAGAAUUCUUAUUUCGACUUGAAGAUUUUGAACAAGAAAGGAAUUUGACUGUACAUGUCGGCGAUCAAGAUGAACGUCUUGCUUUGUAUAUUUUACAUAAACUUCGUUUAUGUCCGGAACAUGUUGAAACGAGACCUUAUGUUUUACGUUGUAUAAUUUGGAAUACAAGUGAUGUAUUGUUACAAGAGACGUCUAUCACCGGUGAAAAAAUGUCGGAUAUUUAUGUCAAAGGAUGGCUCAGUGGAUUAGAGGAAGACACACAAAAAACCGAUAUUCAUUAUAGAUCUAUGGAUGGUGAAGGCAACUUUAAUUGGCGUUUUGUUUAUGAUUUUGCAUAUAUGCCAGCUGAGAGAUGUAUUACUGUAAAGAAAAAAGAGCAUUUUUGGAGUAUUGAUGCCACUGAGACAACUAUUCCACCUGUGUUAAAUUUACAAGUUUGGGACAAUGAUAAAUUUAGUGCUGAUGACUUUUUAGGUGCUCUUACCCUUGAUUUAAAUCGUCUGUUUAAACCUGCAAAAGAUUCUGAUUUUUGUACAUUGGAUAUUAUCGAUAAUGAUCCGUCGAAUCUUGUUUCACUAUUUGAAAUGAGAAGAUUGAAAGGAUGGUGGCCAUGUGUUAACGUCGAAGGUGGAGAUCCAGAGAUAACCGGUAAACUAGAACUAGAAAUUGAAAUAUUGACAGAGGAAGAAGCACGAGAACGUCCAGCUGGUAAAGGACGUGAAGAACCAAAUGAAAAUCCCAAAUUAGAACCACCACAACGUCCUGAAACUUCAUUUUUCUGGUUCUCAUCUCCAUUUAAAACAUUUAAAAAUAUUAUUUGGCGAAAAUCGAAAUGGUAUAUUAUUAGUGGUAUAUUUAUUGCAUUUGUUGUCAUAUUCGUACUAUUAAUGUUCUAUACAAUGCCGGGAGCAUUAUGGGCAUCAGUGUUGAAAAUUGGACAUGAUUGA